CUCACAAGAUUAUCACUUCCAUUUUUACUUAAAUUUUCAUGAAACAGAGGAUGAAGGAAAUGGUACUAUUACUCCAGAUCAAUACAAUAAAUACUUUGUUGUAGAACCAAAAUUAGAUGAAUUUAUUGAUAGGAUUAAAGAUG